AUGGAUUCACCAAUUUUUUCAAAUGAUAUUGACUCUAUAAAAAAUAACACAUAUCAAGCAAAAUCCUAUCAAAAAUAUAAUAAUAGCAACAACUAUAACAAUAAUAAUAAUAACAGUUUUAAUAAUUAUAGUAAUGGUAGUAAUUAUGGUGGCUAUAACAAUAGCGGCAAUAACAGUAACUACAAUAAUAACAACAAUCUCUAUAACAAUAAUAAUAUAAACAACAACAACAACAAUAAUAAUAAUAAUAAUAUAAACAACAAUAAUAAUAAUAUAAACAACAAUAAUAAUAUAAACAAUAAUAAUAGUAAUAACAAUAAUAACAAUAAUAACAAUAAUAGCAAUAGCAAUAAUAGUAUCAAUAGUAAUUCAUAUAAAGUUAAUACACCUACACAAAAUGGAAAGAGUAGUCACUCACCACCAUUAAUUAAUGCAAAUGCAAAUGUAGUAUUUCCAACUUUUAAAAGUUUAGACCUUUCUAGCGAUACCGUUAAUUCUGUAGGCGCUGCUAAUAAUGGGUCAUCAAAUUCUUCUCCAACUAUCAAUGGUAUUAGUAAUAGUAAUACCAUGAAUAAUAAUAAUAAUAAUAACAACAAUAAUAAUAAUAAUAGUAAUAGUAGUAAUAAUAAUAAUAAUGGUAAUAAUAAUAAUAAUAAUAACUAUAAUAGUUUUGUAAAUAUAACCAAAAAUAACAAUAACACCAACAGCAACAACUACAAUAAUAGUACUAAUAGUAACAAUAAUGGCUAUAAUAAUAACAAUAAUAACAAUAGUAUUAGUAAUAGCAAUAGCAAUAGCAAUAGCAAUAGCAAUAGCAAUAGCAAUAGCAAUAGCAAUAGCAAUAGCAAUAGCAAUAGCAAUAGCAAUAGCAAUAGCAAUAGCAGUAGCAAUAGCAGUAGCAGUAGUAAUAAUAAUAAUAAUAAUAAUAAUAAUAAUAAUAAUAAUAAUAAUAGUAGUAGUAGUAGUAGUAAUAGUAAUGGUAAUAAUAAUAAUAACUAUCACUCGUAUGGCUAUAGCAAUAGUAAAUAUAAUCAACAAAAAUCAUAUAAUAAUGCACCCCACCAGUUAAACUCUGGUGGAGGUCAAAAUAGUUAUUAUAAUAAAAAUAAUUAUAAUAAUGGCAAUGGAAAUAUUGGCAAUGGCAACAACAGUGGCAGUGGCAAUAGCAGUAAUUCAAAUGGAUGGAGUGGUGGCUAUCAAAAACAAAAUGGUGCGAAUAGAUACCAAUCACAAUCACAACAACAACCACAACAACAACAACAACAACAACCACAACAACCACAACAACCACAACAACAACAACAACAACAACAACAACAACAACAACAACAACAACAACAACAACAACAACAACAACAACAACAACAACAACAACAACAACAACAACAACAACAACAACAACAACAACAACAACAACAACAACCACCACAACAACAACAACAACAACAACAAGAUAUUGGGGACUCAUCGAGAAUGAACGGAGGUUCAAGAGUCCCAAAGGCACCAGGCUCCGAUAUUGGAUUCAAUAGAGGUCUUAAUAACUCAUUAAAUGGUCAAACUGAUCUAAAUAAUAGCAACUACAAUAGUAAUAGUAAUAAUAAUAAUACUAAUAACAAUAAUACUAACAAUAAUUUGGUGAAUGGUAAACUCCAACACUACAAUUAUAACAAUAGUAGUUUUAAAUUUAAUAAAAAUGCACAGUAUAACAAUGGCAACAAUAAUGGCAAUAACAACAACAACAAUAAUAAUAAUAAUAAUAAUAAUAAUAAUAAUAAUAAUAAUAGUAAUAAUAACAGCACCAAUAAUAAUAAUAUUAAUAAUAGUGGCAAUAAUAACAUUAGUAAUAGUGUUAGCAGCAAUAGCAAUGGAAAUGUUGGCAGUAAUCCACACAGAUUCCAAAAAAAUCACUUUGAAAAACCUUUCAAUUCAAACUCAUCUACUCCUUCAACUCCACCAAAUUCAACACCAUCGUCAUCCACAACUACCUCUCCAUCUUCAUCAUUUAACACCUAUAGCAACACUUUUAAUAAUGGAAGUUCCAACAGUUUUAAUAAUGGCAGUUUCAAUAAUAGUUUUAACAAUGGUAGUUCCUCAAAUGGUAGUUUUAAUCAUGGAAGUUUUAAUAAUGGAAGCUCUAUUAGUAGUUUUAGUGGUAGUUUCAAUAAUGGAAGUUCAGGUAGUGGCUUUAAUGCCAGUUUUAAUGGUGGCUCCAAUAGUAACAGUUUCAAUAAUGGAGACAACAACAACAACAACAACAACAAUAAUAACAACAACCACCACAACAACGAUAUCGAUGACUCUGAGCCAAUAAUUGACCAAUUGGAUUCAACUGGUGAGGAGGAAAUGGAUAAUCUCAUUGGAAAACUUGAUUUAUUCUCAACAAAAUCAGAAUCCCUUUUUCAUACUUGGAAGUUAAAUUACAGUAAUAGAAAUAAUAAUAACAACAAUAAUAGUAAUAAUAAUAAUAACAAUAAUAACAGCAGCAAUAAUAAUAGUAAUA